AUGGUAAUCUUGCCCGAGGUUUGCCCUGACCAUCUCCUCGAAUAUAUGGCCGGCCUUGCCGGCGUGAGCAUUGUGGUUGCCUGCAUCGUGGGCCCGAUCGUGGGAGGCAUUCUCACCCAGUAUGCUUCUUGGCGAUGGAUCUUCUGGAUCAACGGACCGAUUUGCGCGGUGUCAACAGCAAUGUUCCUGGUUUUCUGGCCCAGGAAGCAGGACAUUGCUCCCACAGUCCGGCGAUCCUGGAAGUCGUUUGACUACGCCGGGUCUGCGCUCGUUAUCGCAGCUGCUGUUCUGGUUGUGUUCGCAUUUCAGAACGUGGGAGUCGCUCCUGUCAACAUCUGGCACACCGCCGAGUUUAUCGCCCCAGUCACCGUUGGCAUUGUGUGCUGGGCGGCGCUCUUCAUGUGGCAAUACGCGGUUGAGACCAAGACGGCGUCCCGUAUCAUGCCCGCCUUUCCGCUAUCGCUCUUCCGGAACCGAUUUUAUGCAUCCGGCGUUGCGACUACUCUACUGCUGGGUUUCCCGCUCUUUGUGCUGCUGUUCUCUGUCCCACUCAGGGCACGAAUAGUGAGCGACAAAAGCGCCCUGGCCGCUGCAGCGAUGCUCUUGCCCAUGCUCGUAGCGAGUGCAUUUGGGUGCGUUGUUGCUGUAGGGAUCAACUCGAAGAAGAACUUCCUCUCCGAAUCAAUGUUUGUUGGGGCUUCCCUGUCGGCCAUAGGAUGCGCCCUGCUCACAACGCUGUCCGAGCGAGGCAGCGAUGGGAAGCUCCUCGGCUACAUUGCUCUUGCUGGCUUAGGCGGUGGACUCUCCAUCACAUCAGCCACUGCCAUUGUGGCAGUCAACAUUCCACCGGGAGAAUACGCGCCGGCGCAGGGCAUUAUGGGGCAGGCAAGAGUUCUCGGAGGCAGUUUGGGCAUCGCUGCGUUUAGUGUGUUGCUGCACAAGGAGGUGGCCAAGGUGAUUGUUGGUCCCAUCCCACCGCAACUGUAUGCCAUACUCGGGGGCGCGCGGGCCGACACGCCAAAGGGCUUGCAUAGCCUGGUGCAGCAGGCAUGUUCGCGUGCGUUUCGGGGCGGCAUGGUUGCAUCUGCAAUUAUUUCAGGGCUGGCGGUCCUCUUGACACUUGUCGGAUUUACCCGCGACCACAAGGAUGUCAAGAAACAGCGCCUAGACUUGGUCCGAGGGGACAUGCCCUCAGCCGACACGUUCUGCAUGCCGACAUGGCUGUACACGAGGUCCAGGUUUUCCAAAUGGGUGUCAAAGCCCAGUUCGAGCGUCUCACCUAUCGAGAAAAAAGAUAUGCUCAUCACCUCGCUCGGGACACGAAUCGUGCUUCAGCAGGUCUCUCCAGAGUCACGAGCGAUCUUUGACUUUAUCCUGGAGCUCUACCGCAGCUGUUCCGGCGAUUGGCACUCACUCAUUAGCCCUGAUCUUGACGAUGAGAACCUCCAGGCCUUGCUUACGUAUUUUGCUACGUUUCUCUCCAACAUUGGCAACUACUUUGGGUCCGGUGACCAAAAGUUCAUUCCCGGGGUCAAUGAUGGUGUUCUGCUGGCACUGGCAGGGAGGUCGCGUACAUUGGAGGACUUAUAUGGCGAGAUGCACGGAUCUGUAAAGGUUACUCCGCCUUUCAGCCUUGGAUAUCCUAGCGACGACACCCAGAGCAGUUACUACCUCGGCGGAAAAAUUACGGAAGCGGAGAUCACUGCGGUGUCGAGGAUUCUCGAACAGAACACCAUCUUCCCCGAGAACACGAGAAUCCGAAAGCGAGACGAUAACACGGGCUUCGAUGUCCUGCUCGCUUCUGUCGAACGCGGAGAGCUUGCGAGCCUCCCUCUCCCUAAUGGGAAGGGCACUGUCAGGCUUGUAGGAGGAGAUUAUUCUGAUGAUCUCGAGCGAGUGUGCGCCGAGCUCACAGAGGCGUCCAAAUGGGCCGCCAAUGAUCGGCAAAGUGACUUCCUGAAGCUGUACAUUGAGAGCUUCCAGACUGGCAGCCUCGAGGCGUACCGUGAGUCGCAGCGAAUAUGGGUGCGAGACAAGGCGCCAAGGGUCGAGAACAUAUUCGGCUUCGUAGAGCCGUAUCGCGAUCCACACGGAGUCAGGGCCGAGUUUGAGGCUCUGGUAGCCAUCGCGGACGACGAAGAGACCAAGCUCCUCGCUAAGCUGGUCCAAAACUCGGACACUUUUAUUCGUCGUCUGCCUUGGGCGACUCCGGAGAACAACGGGAAGGGGCCUUUUGAAAAGGAUCUUUUCGAACCGCCAGACUUCUCAAGCAUACAUGCGCUUGCAUACUGCUCAAGCAUCAUAUUUCCAGGGAUCAACUUGCCAAAUUACAACGAUAUACGGCAGGAAGAUGGAUUCAAGAACGUAAUUGUCGCCAAUCGAAUGUUUGCCGAGAGUCAAGCGAAGCAGUAUCCCUUCAUCGACGCUUCCGAAGUGAAGCAGUUCACGAAGCACAAGUUUGCAGCCUACUACUGGUGGGUUGUGCUCCACGAGCUCCUCGGCCACGGCACAGGUCGGAUGAUGGUCGAAACGACAGAGGGCAAGUUCAACUUUGAUACCAAAAGCCCACCCAUGAAUCCUAUUACUGGAGAGCCCAUCUCCUGUUGGUACAAGCCAGGCCAGACUUGGACUGGCGUGUUUGGGGACCUCGCAACCACAGUUGACGAAUGCAGAGCGGAGCUUGUUGGUGCUUACUUGAUGGAUGAUCCUGAGCUGCUCGAGUUGUUUGGGUUCAACGAGACCUCUGAGAUACGCGCAGAGGACCUGACCUACAACUUGUAUCAGCAGCUGGGAAUUGAUGGUCUGAGAGGCCUGUCCAAUUUCAACGUGCAGAGCGGCACAUGGGGCCAAGCACAUAGUCGAGCUCAUUUUGCCAUACUUAAGUGCUUGUUACUGCACGGUGAUGGCGUGAUAACUGUCGCCCAUGACAAGCCAAAGCAAACCCUGACAGUUCGAGUGCAACGCUCCAAGAUCCGCACACAUGGAAAGCCAGCACUCGAGCGCAUGCUCUUGCAGUUGCACAUGUUCAGGUGCACUGCUGAUGCUGAGGGCUGUCGUACGUACUAUGAGGAGCUGUCCAAGGUUGACAAACAAUACCUCGAUUGGAGACAGACUGUGAUCGCAAACAAGCCCCCUCCUAUGAUCUUCGUUCACGCCAACACGUUCCUAGACGGGGAUAAUGUCACCCUAAAGGAGUAUGAGCCGACUGUUGAAGGCGUCCUGAUGAGUUGGGCGGAACGGGCAGUAUGA